AUGGUCGCGCUGCGCCACGGCGCCUAUGCGCUGGCCGGAGAGAGAUACCAGUUCGGCGGGUUCGACUCGUUCGUCUACGAGUAUCGCAAGGACAUCAUUCCCUACCUGCUCUACGCCGGGACCUUCUGGCUCGCCGAUCGGCUGAUGCGGCCGGUCGCCGCGCCCGCCGUCGUCCCGGCUGUCCCUGCGGACGUGGUGAUCGAUGAGGGCCAGCGACUGUUGCGCGUGCCGCCGCGCGACGUGCUGUGCGUGCGUUCGAGCGGCAAUUAUGCUGAGUUCGUGCUCGCCGACGGCCGGCGGCCGCUGAUGCGCGCGACCCUGGCCAGUCUCGAGGAGUCACUGGCCGAGGCCGGGUUCGUCCGCACCCACCGCUCCUGGCUGGUCAAUCCGGCGCAUGUGGUCGAGGUCGCGGCCGAGGGUUCUGGCGACUACGGCCUGAGGCUCAGCGAUGGCGGUCAGGUGCCGCUGUCGCGCCGCUAUCCGGGCGCGCUGGCACGACUGCGCGGCGCGCCCUAG